GCGUCCACACAGCUGUCACGACAGGAGGAUCGAACACGUUGUGAUCUCCGGUCUGAUCGAUAGCGCAUCGAUUUUGUAGGCUUUAUCGCGGAGGUUUGGGGAGCAGCAUCGAGUGCGUAAAGUCAGACCAAAUCGGAGCGGAAAUAACGCGCAUUUUUAACCAAAAUAAACGCAUUCCGUUUACUCUACGGACGGUGGGAGGGAACAUUCCAGGAGGAAGGAAUUUAUUUUGAAAGCUUGAACUCCAUGGUUCAGUUUUUCAUUAAUGUUUGUGACACUAAUGUAGAUGUUGGUGUGUUCAGGGGCAGACAGUACAGCGCGCUCCCACUCAGAAGUUUGAUGUGAGGUUAAACUGAGUUGAAGUUGGUGUCCCCUCCUGUCUCCUCUUUGCCCUUAGCCUUGAUUUCCCUCCGCACUCUUGCUUUUUUGGAUGACAAACGUUACCUCGACUAGCAGCUGCUUGGCUGGUUGACCAGGAUCUGCUGCUGCCGCUGUCAAACUUUAGUUGACAUGGAUUUGUGGCACCGACGACGCACGGACUAAAAAAAAAAGAAAAAAAGUUUGGGAAUAUCCUUUUCUGUUUUGUUUUGUUUUUUUGCUACGACACAAAAAGGACUGACUACUUUGGAACAAGCUGUCAUUAACUUAUUCAAAGCUAAAGACAUGCAAAAGUUCAACUCCACCGGUACUCACAGCAACACGCUGCCCCGGGACGCGGAGCUCCAGCUGCGGUUAGCUGAUAGCGGGGGAACCGGGGAGGGGAAAGAGAAUGGAGCUGGGAAACAUUUUCUCACCCAGCCGGAGGAGGAGAGCUCGUUUUGCACGAAAAGGAAGAUGCUUGUCGGUUUGGACGUAAUAUGCCUAUGUGUCGCCUCCAUACCAUUUUUUGCAUGUGAGUUGAAGGCAGUGACUCCGUACAGACGAGGCUUUUUCUGCGGUGACUCCAGCAUCACCUAUCCCUUCGUAGAGCGAGAGGCCAUCCCUGACGUCCUGCUCAUCGCCGGCGGCAUAGCCAUCACCGGCCUAACAAUUGCACUGGGUGAAUGCUACCGGGUGCGUUUUCGAGGCGUGCACUCGCGGGCCUUUGUUAGAAACCGCUAUGUGUCGUGCCUGUACAAGGAACUGGGAAGCUUCCUGUUUGGUUGCUGUGUGGGUCAGUCUCUCACCAAUAUGGCCAAGCUAAGCGUGGGCCGCCUGCGACCCAACUUUCUGUCUGUCUGCAACAUCACCUAUGCAUCCAUCAACUGCACCCCGGGCAGCUACGUGCACCAGGUCAACUGCAGCCAGCCUAACCCUAAAAUGGUGGAGGAGGCAAGGAAGUCAUUCUUUUCUGGCCAUGCUUCUUUCGCAAUGUACACCAUGCUCUACCUGGCAUUCUACCUGCAGGCAAGGCUGUCGUGGAGAGGAGCUCGGCUAUUACGCCCACUAAUACAAUUCCUAUUAGUGAUGAUCGCCAUCUACACCGGUCUGACCCGCAUCUCCGACUACCGUCACCACCCCUCCGAUGUCCUCACAGGCUUCAUCCAAGGAGGGCUCACUGCAUACUGGGUGGCUUUCUACAUCUCCUCCAUGUUUAAGCCCUGUGCCCGUCCAGACCUGUCUCCCACUAGCAUGUCCCUGGAGAGUCCACUGUCCAGCCAGCAAACUGUCUGUUAGCAGGUGCAUGCAAUCAUUCCAGGAAUCAGAAGAUGAGAGACGCUGGACCACAAAAAUACAGGGAGAAUGGCAGAAAGCACAACUGGGGAGCAGAUAGCAGAGAGAAACUUUAGUUUAUAAGAAAGGGAAUCAUUCUAAGAGAAUGAUGUGGUUAAAGAGUAUGAUCUAACACUAACACUUUCGGGCAUAUUGACACUCACACAAACAUACAUUCAAUCAAACAUAUUCACGCACUCAUACAUGUGAAAGAAAAGAAGCACAUUUGACUGUAAGUCAAACCCGUCCAGUGAAAAGAACUGCAUAGCAAUAUUGCAGAUAUUUUUUUAUAUAUGAAAAAAAAACAUUAAAAAUGUCUAUUUUUCAAGAAAAUGUUUAGUAGCUGCUAACGUUGAAAGUUGCCAGUUUGAACUUGUUUUCUUUUGGGAUGGAGGCCUUUGGUGACUGCAUUUAGUCAGCUUUCAAAGCAGAGCUGGUCGCUCUUUGGUCUUGGGUGCGAGACGAGAAAAUGCCAGCCUCCUCUUUGUUUUUGAUCCUCUGCUUGGAAAACAUCACUCAGCAGCUGUGAACUGAGACCAUCCAACCUCAGAUGUAAAGACAGCUCUGUACUAAGUGACAGAACUGGCUGUGAUAAGGAACGAGCACUGGCUUCAACUUAUAACCAUCUUUACUUUCGGCGGCCUCGUGUGCCACUGCUAAUCAGACUGUCCUCCAUCACUAUGAUUAAACAAUAACCUGUAUGCAAGCAAAGAAAAAAACAGUAUUUGUGUAAUACAAUGUUAUCUUUCUUUUUUUUGAGUAACCAAGGCAGUGAGGUGGAGGAAUCUGACCUGGUAACUUACCUUCCCACUUCACUGCCACUUUUCUGUACUAACCACUUUGACUGUGUCUCAGAGGUGGAGGUUUGACUGAAUUUUGUAACCUCUCGCUUUUGCCCCUGGACUCCAAUCUCUGAGCUGCACCUUGAUUUAUGCCACUCAGACAGGAGAUGUGUGGCUGUGACCCCAGCAGCCCUCCUGUGCAUUUUUAAUUAAUAGCACUUGAACAUAGAUAAUGGAACCUUCUAAUUAUAAUCAAUAUUAUAUAUUUUAUCACAAGUUUGAAUAAUCAGUGUUUAUUUUUGUUAAUGUCAGACUCAUACACUAUAUUUGUUUUUUUUUUUCUUGAAAUUAUAAUUAUUCAAACUGAAUGUAAAUAGCUAUGCCAUUUUAUAAACCACACAGAAUUUCAAAAGUAUUAGUUCAAGUUUUGGACAGUUUUUACAUGUUAAUGUAAGUGUUUGUAUUUACGUUUUGUGUUGAUCAGGUACGGAAAGUUGCUUUUGUACCUGUUGUAACUACUAGACUGAGCCACAGAUAUUAUCAGAAAGCUAUAUUUUUUGUGUUCCCAGUUAUUGUUAUUUGUUUGUUAUUGUCUGUGAAUGCCGCGAUGGCAGAAAUAACCACUGUACUCAACAAAACCAAACCAUUAAAAUGAAUGUUGAAUGUU